GGAGCCUGGCGGCGGACGCGCCGCUCUGGAGCCACCGCCCCCUCGCCGCUUGGCCGCUGCGUGGGGACCCGGACCGCGGCGGCUCCGGGUUACCCUAAUGAUCCCGGGCUGGCGGCGGCGGCCGAAGCGGAGGGAGGAUGACCGCUCCCCGGGAGCGGAGUGCCGACCUGGCUCGUUUCUACACUGUCACCGAACCCCAGCGACACCCGAGGGGCUACACGGUGUAUAAGGUCACCGCCCGGGUUGUUUCACGAAGAAAUCCAGAGGAUGUCCAGGAGGGAGAAUCCUGAACCAACCUAUCCAUGAACAUACUCUCUGCUAUUUCCUUAAUCCUUUUUUGGGGAAACUCUUUUAUAAUAACAACUGUUGGUGAACCAUUCAUCAGAAAACUCUUAUAAUCGUAUGGAAGAGAUAUAGUGAUUUUAAGAAACUGCACAAAGAACUAUGGCAAAUUCACAAAAACUUGUUCCGACAUUCAGAAUUGUUCCCUCCGUUUGCUAAAGGAAAAGUGUUUGGGCGAUUUGAUGAAACUGUUAUUGAAGAGAGAAGACAGUGUGCUGAAGACCUGCUACAGUUCUCUGCCAAUAUUCCAGCUCUUUACAACAGUAAACAGCUUGAGGAUUUUUUUAAGGGUGGAAUAAUUAAUGAUGGUUCUGAAUUAAUUGGUCCUGCUGAAGCUCACUCAGACUCCUUCAUUGAUACCUUUCCUGAGUAUAGUACAGAAGGCUUCUCCAGUGACAGUGAUCUGAUAUCUCUUACUGUUGAUGUGGAUUCUCUUGCCGAAUUAGAUGAUGGAAUGGCUUCCAAUCAAAAUUCUCCCAGUAGAACUUUUGGUCUCAAUCUUUCUUCGGAUUCUUCAGCAUUAGGGGCUGUUGCUUCUGACAGUGAACAGAACAAAACAGAAGAAGAACGGGAAAGUCGUAGCCUCUUUCCUGGCAGUUUAAAAUCUAAGCUUGGCAAGAGAGAUUAUUUGGAGAAAGCAGGAGAAUUAAUAAAGCUGGCUUUAAAAAAGGAAGAGGAAGACGACUAUGAAGCUGCUUCUGAUUUUUAUAGGAAGGGAGUUGAUUUACUCCUAGAAGGUGUUCAAGGAGAGUCAAGCCCUACUCGCCGAGAAGCUGUGAAGAGAAGAACAGCGGAGUAUCUCAUGAGGGCAGAAAGUAUCUCCAGCCUUUAUGGAAAGCCGCAGCUGGAUGAUGCAUCUCAGGUUUUACUUGUAAUGGACACAAGGACAGAACAGACAUUCAUUUUAAAAGGUCUAAGGAAAAGCAGUGAAUACAGCAGGAACAGAAAGACCAUCAUCCCCCGCUGUGUGCCCAACAUGGUGUGUCUGCACAAGUACAUCAUCUCUGAGGAGUCCGUAUUUCUUGUGCUGCAGCAUGCAGAAGGUGGCAAACUCUGGUCAUAUAUUAGUAAAUUUCUAAACAGAAGUCCUGAAGAAAGCUUUGACAUUAAGGAAGUGAAAAAGUCCACACUUACUGAAGUUCAUCGGCAGCAGCCAACUUGUAGUUCUCAGGACAGUGGCAGCUUUGAAUCCAGAGGAAGUGAUGGGGGAAGCACACUUAAAGUUCUGCCUCUGAAGACUAGUCUUACUCCAAGUUCUCAAGAUGAUAGCAACCAGGAAGAUGAAGGCCAAGACAGCUCUCCAAAAUGGCCAGAUUCCGGUUCGAGUUCAGAAGAAGAAUGCACUACUAGUUAUUUAACAUUAUGCAAUGAAUAUGGGCAGGAAAAGAUUGAACCAGGGUCUUUGAACGAGGAGCCUCUCAUGAAGACUGAAGGGAAUGACAUUGAUACCAAAGCCAGUAGGAGCUUUCCAGCACAUCUUGCUGCUGACAGUGAUAGCCCUAGCACUCAGCUGAGAGCCCACGACCUGAAGUUCUUCCCUGGAGAUGAGGACCCAGAAGCAGUUUGUUCUCCAAGAACCUCUGAUUCCCUCAGUAGAUCAAAAAAUAGCCCCAUGGAGUUCUUUAGGAUAGACAGUAAGGAUAGCACAAGUGAACUCCUGGGACUUGAUUUUGGAGAAAAACUGUGUAGUCUAAAAUCAGAACCUUUGAAACCAUUCUUUACUCUUCCAGAUGGGGACAGCACUUCUAAGAGUUUUAAUUCCAUUGAGAACAAGGUAGAGUUCAAAGCUCAGGACACCAUUAGCAGGGGCUCAGAUGACUCAGUCCCAGUUAUUUCCUUUAAGGAUGCUGCUUUUGAUGAUGUCAGUGGUACUGAUGAAGGAAGACCCGAUCUUCUUGUAAAUCUCCCUGGUGAACUGGAGCCAACAAAAGAAACUGCUGGAACAGGACCUACUAAGUUUAUUCAGACUAAUGUGGGCAUGGUAGAAAGCAAACUGUUGGAAGCCCCGGAUGUGUUGUGCCUCAGGCUUAGUACUGAACAGUGCCAGGCCCCUGAAGAAAAAGGCACAGAGGAACUGAGUGAUCACUCUAGGCCCAAGCCCUGUAGUAUAACUGAGACACACUAUGCGCAGGAGGAUCUUGGGGUGUUAUUUGUAGCAGCUGUUGAUCAUAGUAGUUCAGGGGACCUGCCUUUGUUACCCAGCUCAGAUGCUGAGUUGCAAGGACUUCGAGUGGCGGAGUUGGCAGUAACUGCAAACACCACAGAAGAAAGCUUAUUCUAUAUAUCUAAUCCCCUCUCAGGUGCUAAUGAAUACAAUGCAAACACAGACACUUUAAAAACAGAGGAAGUAUUGCUGUUUACAGAUCAAGCUGAUGAUUUGGCUAAAGAGGAAUCUACUUGUUUAUUCCAGAGAGACUCUGAGAGGAAGGGAGAAAGUAUGUUAGCACUAGAAGGAGACAAGGAAAUCCAUCAGAUUUUUGAGGACCUUGAUAAAAAAUUAGCACUAAACUCCAGGUUUUACAUCCCAGAGGGCUGCAUUCAAAGAUGGGCAGCUGAAAUGGUGGUAGCCCUUGAUGCUUUACAUAGAGAGGGAAUUGUGUGCCGCGAUUUGAACCCAAACAACAUCUUAUUGAAUGAUAGAGGACACAUUCAGCUAACGUAUUUUAGCAGGUGGAGUGAGGUUGAAGAUUCCUGUGACAGCGAUGCCAUAGAGAGAAUGUACUGUGCCCCAGAGGUUGGAGCAAUCACAGAAGAAACUGAAGCCUGUGAUUGGUGGAGUUUGGGUGCUGUCCUCUUUGAACUUCUCACUGGCAAGACUUUGGUUGAGUGCCAUCCAGCAGGAAUAAAUACCCACACUACUUUAAACAUGCCAGAAUGUGUCUCUGAAGAGGCUCGCUCACUCAUUCAACAGCUCUUGCAGUUCAACCCUCUGGAACGUCUGGGUGCUGGUGUUGCUGGUGUUGAAGAUAUCAAAUCGCAUCCAUUUUUUACUCCUGUGGAUUGGGCAGAAGUGAUGAGAUGAACACAUGCAGGAUGUUUUUUACACAUUGUGAUCUUCUCUGUACUAGGCAUCCCCAGCACAAAAGCAGUCUCGCUCAUUUAUGGGGCACCAAAGCAUUGGAUAAAGAUCUUUAUUAGGAAAUCAGGGGAAGAGCCGGGGUAAAAGUGAUUCAUUUACAGUUACCACCUGGUCAAGAUAUUAGCUAAUUUUGUCAGUGGGUAUUAUAUACAUGCCUUUAACCAAGGUAUGAAUUAAUUUAAUCUACAUUUAGGAUUGCAGUGCAUUGCAGACCCAACUGAAAUAGGAAUGUCCUUCAAGAAGUUCCUCUGAUUCAAAGCUCUACAUGUAGGAUUUUACUUGAAAGAAGUACCUUUACAUGGCAGCUAAGAAUGCCUUCUGCUAACCAGAUUGGUUUUUAAGACCCAAUUAAUAUUUACUGAAUAAUACACUAAAAGUGCUUCAUGAACAGUGUCAUCUGUGGGCUUAAAAAUAGGAAAAAAAUUAUAUACGUGGAAUGUCUGAAAGGGAGCUUAUACCAUAAUGCUAUAUAGUUAAUGCAUUUGACUGUGGUCCCAGAUUAUUUCUGUGAGGAGAAGAGACUUCAUGUUGUGAGCUUUGAACUUUGUUGGUUAAUACUGCUCAUUAGAGAGGGUUCAGAUAAACACUUCUCUCUCAACCUCAUCUUCCCCUGUCUUCCCAUUCCUGCACCUUUUGCUUAUUCUCUCAUAUUCUGUUCUUCCUACUCUUUUUAACACAUGUGCAACAAAAAAGGGAAGGGAGUAUUUAUUCCCCAAAUUGUGUCAACAUAAUAAGAACUAAGAAAUCAUGAUAUAAAAUAAAUGUGAUAAAAAUGUAGAUGUGUCCUUUAUUUAAUAGCUUAAGAUUUAAAAACAACAACAACAACAACAACAAUUUUUUCCCUGCUCCUUUCCUUUUGGAAUGUUAUCAGUUUCUGCUGCUUGACUCCGUUUUACUUUUUAGGUUGGUAUACUAUGAACCAAAGGGUCUCAUCUAAAUGGAAUUAACGUCAAUCCUGUUUUAUUACUUAAAGUGAUAAGAUUUUUAUAUUUGAAUUCCUGAUCUGCUUGACAUAAUGUAGAAAGAAUAUUAGCAUUAACACAUCUCCAAUCAUUUUUAUUUUUGUAUUUGUAAUUUCUUUAUGUUGCUAAGAUAGCUCCUGUAGUCAUGCCCUUUUUACAAAAAUUCAUACAUAUUAAUAUGUUUUUUAAACUUUAUCAAAAGAAGAAAGAGUAAGGUACUCUUUCUAAGAUAGAAGCCACCAGAAAUAAUUAAAAUUUUCUUCUUCUUCUUUUUUUUUUCUUUUUUUGCAAUGCUGGGAGUCAAAACCAGGAUCUCACACAUGCUAGGAAGGCAUUUUACCACUGAGCUACAUCCCCAGCCCCUGAAAUUCUGUUUUUUUAAUCUUUAUAAUUUUGAGAUCUGUGUGAGAGCCCAGUACUCCUCCAAGAACAUCUGCACAGCAUCCAUCUGCCAUCAACCAGGUCCUCCCAUCAAAUUAAAUGGAAGCAGAAAAUGCUUUAAUGAAACAAAGGAAAUGUGCAAGCACUUUUUCUUUUUCUCUUAUCCUACUCCCCUUUUUCCUUUUUGGUCCCCUUAUAACCUGAAUCCCAGCUGAAGGGCUGCAACAACACCAGGUUGGGGAGCAGGUCACCAGGAUCAUAGCUCACUCAAGAUGACAUCACUCCCUGGAACUGCAUUUCAACUCACCAGUCCCCUGGCCUCAUAACAGGAACUCAUGCAGGUGAGACCCAAGAGUGACUUCCUGUAUAAGACUAGUAGGAAAUGUGCAUGUACUUAGAGCUGGCUAUUACAGAACUUCCUUCCAGAAGUGCCCUAUGACAUAAAAGUAGGACUUCACAGUUGAGGUGAAGAUCCCUGCCCUACCACAGGAUCCGGGACCCUGAAUUCAAAGUAUAGUUAUGUCCACAGAUGGUUGCUGUGUCAAUCUGCUGACACAUCCAUUGCUACAAUUUCUCACCCUCUUUUCUCUCUGUAUGUUUGAUUGGAGCUUCAUCAUACUGGACAUGAAUCAUUUUAGUAGUGAGCACAGGAUAAAUGACUGUGGAAUGAAAGCCAAACUUUUUUUUAAAUUUGAUGAUAUAUACAUAUUUUAAGCUGUAAUGGUAUGAGUGAUACUGGUGGCUUCUGUUUUUUGUUGUUGUUUAUGUGUUUUAUUUGCUUGUGCGUGGGAGUGGAAUAUGGGUCAAAAUCAUGACAGAAAUUACUAUUUAGUAUUUCUCAUCUGAUUUUUUAUUAAAAUAAUGGAUGUAAUAACAUUCACCAUUUUACCUGUUUUUAAUUGUAUGAUUCAGUAGUAGCAUUAAGCACAUUCACAUUUUUUUUUUCUUUUGUUACUGGUUGAACCCAGUUCCCAAACCACUUAACCACUGAGUAGUAUCCCCAAUCUUUUUUUAUAUUUUGUUUAGAGACAGGGUCGUGUUGAGUUCUUAGAACCUUGCUAAGUUGCUAAGGCUGGUUUUGAACUCAUGAUGCUCCUGCCUCAGCCUUUAGGGCUGCUGGAAUUAUACUUGUGUGCCACUCACUGCACCUGGGCACCUGGCUACUUUCACAUUUUUAUGCAAACAUCACAGCUAUAUUUACAGAACUUUUUUUAUCAUCCCAAACUGAAACUCUGUGUCCACUACACCAUAACUUCCCAUUCUCCUCUCCCAGCUCCUAAUAACCACCCUUCUUCUGUCUCUUUGAAUUUGAUUAUUCUAGGUCCUUCCUGUAAGUGGAAUCAUAACACUUGUUCUUUGUAUACAAUUUUCAAAAUUUAUUCAUUCUGUAACCUGUAACAGAAUUUUCUUCCUUUUUAAGCUUGAAUCGUACUCUGUUGUAUGUAUAUACCAUGUUUUGUUUAGCCAUUUGUCUAUUAGUGGAUCUUUGGGUUAUUUUCACCUUUGGGCUCUUGUGAAUAAUGCUGCUGUGAACAUGGAUUUACAAAUGUCUGUUUGAGUCUCUGCUCUCUCAUUUGAUUUUAUAUUUUUACAUGAAAUUACCAAUGUCACUGACUGUUAUUUCACUAUAUUCUUCAUAGAAGAGCUUUCCCAGACAGGUUGGCAAUUACCAUUAUGGUACAGUGAUACUUAUUUUAAGAUGUGAUGUGAAAAUCUACCAUUUCUAUUUCACAGGUGGGUAAGUUAAGCUUCCUAAGAGUAAAAACACCAUUAUGUUAGCAGUUUGCUUUAACUGUGACAGGAGUUAAUAUUAUUGAAGACAACAGUCUCUUUAACUUAUUUUUUUACAAUAGCAAUUCUUUUUGAAAGUUUCAUUUUAUUUUUGAUGUCUAAUCAUUAUAUAUACUGAUGGAGUACAAUGUGAUGUAUUGUGGAAUGAUCAGAUUAUUAAUGAACAUCUAUCACCUCACAAUUAUUUCUUUGUGGUGAGCACAUUUUAAAUAUAUUCUUAGUGGUUUUGAAAUAUUCAUUGGUAUUUACUAUAGUCACCAUGCUGUGCGAUAAAUGAACAUAUUCCUUCUGUUUAGCUGAAACUUUGUGCCUUUGUCCAGUGUCUCCCCUUGGCCUGUCCAGCCUCUCCUUCUGGUAACCAACACUCUGCUUUCUACUUCUGUGAAUUAAUUGAACCCUUGAUAAUAUAUUCAAACCUUUGUUUUAAACA